CCCACCCUCUCUGACUCUCUGUCGCUCACUGCCUCUCUUCGCCCUCACUUUUCCUCUUCCAGGUCAAACUACCAUGGCGGCCGCCACUUCCUCCUUCUCUCCCUCGCUCACCGCUCCACCGCCGUCUUCCUCCGCCUCCAAAACCUACGCGGCCCCCUCCACUCUCGCCUUCUCCUCUUCCGUCUCCAAGUCUCUCAACCCUCUCCGCGCCAGAGCCUCUCCCGCUGCUAAUGGCGCCGGCGGCUCCGCUCUCGGCGCUCGUAUGGUGUCAGUGCCGGCGAUUAAGACGCCUCUGUCGCUUGAUUUCGAGACCUCUGUUUUCAAGAAGGAGAAGAUCAACCUCGCUGGCCACGAUGAGUAUAUCGUGAAAGGAGGAAGGGACUUGUUCCAUCUGCUGCCGGAUGCCUUCAAGGGUAUUAAGCAGAUCGGUGUUAUCGGUUGGGGUUCUCAGGGACCUGCUCAAGCUCAGAACUUGAGAGAUUCUCUAACUGAAGCAAAGUCUGAUAUUGUGGUCAAGAUUGGGCUCAGGAAGGGAUCCCGUUCUUUUGAUGAAGCUCGUGCAGCUGGUUUUACUGAGGAGAGUGGGACCUUGGGUGAUAUAUGGGAAACCGUCUCAGGCAGUGAUCUUGUGUUGCUACUAAUUUCUGAUUCUGCACAGGCAGAUAAUUAUGAGAAAAUAUUCUCACACAUGAAACCAAAUAGCAUACUAGGUCUUUCCCACGGUUUCCUUCUGGGGCAUUUGCAGUCUGUAGGACUUGACUUUCCUAAGAACAUCAGUGUAAUUGCUGUUUGCCCAAAGGGAAUGGGUCCAUCAGUAAGGAGACUUUAUGUCCAAGGAAAAGAGAUAAAUGGUGCCGGAAUUAAUUCAAGCUUUGCAGUCCACCAGGAUGUUGAUGGAAGAGCUACAGAUGUUGCCCUGGGCUGGUCAGUUGCCCUUGGUUCUCCUUUCUCAUUUGCCACUACAUUAGAGCAGGAAUACAAAAGUGACAUCUUUGGCGAGCGAGGCAUAUUACUUGGUGCUGUUCAUGGAAUUGUGGAGUCCCUUUUCAGAAGAUAUACCGACAGUGGAAUGAGUGAAGAUUCUGCUUAUAAAAAUACUGUUGAAUGUGUAACUGGAAUUGUGUCAAGGACCAUAUCAACUAAGGGAAUGCUGGAAAUAUACAACUCUUUGUCCAAAGCAGACAAGAAGGAGUUUGAGACUGCAUACAGUGCUUCCUAUUAUCCUUGCAUGGAUAUCCUCUAUGAAUGCUACGAGGACGUAGCAAGCGGCAGUGAGAUCCGCAGUGUAGUGUUGGCUGGGCGCCGAUUUUAUGAGAAAGAUGGUCUUCCUGCCUUCCCUAUGGGGAAGAUUGAUCAGACCCGCAUGUGGAAAGUUGGUGAGCGUGUCCGCUCGACACGUCCAGCUGGUGAUCUGGGCCCACUACACCCUUUUACAGCUGGUGUUUUUGUGGCCUUGAUGAUGGCACAGAUUGAAGUGUUGAGGAAGAAGGGGCACUCCUACUCAGAGAUAAUCAAUGAAAGUGUGAUCGAGUCAGUGGAUUCUUUGAAUCCUUUUAUGCAUGCUAGGGGAGUUUCUUUCAUGGUAGAUAAUUGCUCGACAACAGCGCGGUUGGGAUCAAGGAAAUGGGCUCCAAGAUUCGAUUAUAUCCUCACUCAGCAAGCGUUGGUUGCCGUGGACAACAGUUCACCCAUCAAUCAGGACCUCAUUAGCAAUUUCCUGUCGGAUCCAGUGCAUGGAGCCAUUGAAGUGUGCGCUCAAUUAAGACCCACAGUUGAUAUUUCAGUGCCUGCUGAUGCUGACUUUGUGCGACCAGAGUUGCGUUCUAGUUGAAUAACCCACAACCUACCGGGCCUACAAAAAAAUCCUUUAUGAGAGUAAUGUUCACGAGUACUGUAGCUUUAACUAGUUUGUCUGUGUUGAAUUUUCUAUGCUUAUGUACUUUUAUUGCAUUGCACGUUAUGUUUCUUAUGAACUAUUGAGGUAUGGUGCUGGAUGUUGUAUUAAGAAUCUGUGGUAAUAACUUAAAUAAAUUUAGCCGCUUUGAUGGUGUUCCUGAUA